AUGAAAAAAAAUAGUAUAGGAUUGAGUUGCUGCUCGAUAUAUUCGAGUCCUUUAGAUUAUGAAGGAAAUAAAUUAAAAAUAAUAGAAAGUAUAAAAGAAUGUAAAAAGUUAAAUUGUAGUAUAAGAAUUGGAGGUGAAUUAGAAAUAACUGGAGUAAGUUGUAAAAAUAGUUUUAAAGGAAUUGAAGACAUUCAUGAAAAUUGUUGGAUAACAUUAAGUAAUAUAUUAAAGGAAAAAUAUGAAAAUGGUAAUAUAACGGAUAAUAUAUUAUGUUUUAUUAGUAUGCCUAUUUAUUUUAAAAAAAAAUUAUAUAGUUCAGAAGUCAUUAUAUAUAACAGUCAAAUUAUAUAUAUAUCUCCUAAGGAAAAUGUUGAGAAUAAUGAUCAGUCGAUGUACUUUUCAUCAUAUACUGGAUUAAAUCAUGAAAAUGCAAAAAAUGAUGGACAAAGUUCUAUCAUUUUUUCGAACAGUAAUGUUAAUAUAAUUUCUAAUAAUUUUGAAACGUUUCCAUUGCCAAUGUGUAUCCAAAAGAUAACACAACAAAAAGAAACAUAUAUAGGAAAAUGUAUAAUAGAAUAUGACGGAGUAAAAAUAAUGCAUACCUUUUUAGAUGAUUUAAUUAGUAUAGAAAGAAAUGAAACUAUUGAUGAUAGAAUUGAUAUAUUUAAUAAAUGGGAUCCUAAUUCGAAUGAAACUAUUAAUUAUGUUAGUGACAAUAAGAAAAAUAUAUCUCCUUUUGAAAAAGAGUAUACAAAACUGGUCACUACAAAUAAAAUAAAUUUAGAAUGUGUUGAUGUAUUGCUAGUAAAUGGGUAUAUAACUAAUGAACUUGAAUUAUUUAAAAAAUAUUUUUCAGCAUUAAUGAAUCUAACAAAAAAAUAUCCACAUUUAACUUUAUGUUUUAGUAAUAAUUUUGGGUGUGAUAAUUAUUUGUAUAUGUUUGAUGGGUUCUCAUUUAUCGGAAAAGAUGACAAAAUUUUGACAAAAAAUGGAAGGUAUUCAUUUUACGAGAUUCAAGUUGCAUCUACCAAGGUAGAAAUUGAGAGAAACAAAAUGAAUUCUAAAAGUGGUGAGAAUAAAGUUGAAAAGCAAAUAUCUCUACUAUCAAUUAAUAAACAUGACAAAGAUACAAAAGAACCCAUUUUCACAUACAAUAAAGACAUACCUUUAUCUAUAGAAUGUUCUAAAGAUAUAUUAUCGAAAAAUCUUCCUGACAUUUUUAACAUAAAUAAAUAUUCAAAAGAUAAUAAAAAUUUAACGGAAUUAUUUAACAACCAUCAUUGUGAUGAUAUGCAAAAUGAUGACGAAUCUAAAACGGAGUCUCGUUCUUGUUAUAUUUUUAAUGGAAAAGUAGAAAGAUUACACAAUAUUUAUGAAGAACUAAGUUUUAAUUGUUCUAUGUUUUUAUGGCAUAUUUUACACUUAUCAAAAGCAAAAGGUUUUACUUUAGCAUUGUCUGGAGGAAUAGACUCAGCCUUCUGUGCAUGUAUGGUAUAUGUACUAUCAACGAUGUUAGAAAUUCAGAUGAAAGAAAUUGAAGAUGAUAGAAAAAAUGGAGAAAAAAAACAUAUUGACGAUAUAAAUAAAGAAGCAUUUUCAAAUAAAUUAAAAAAUGUUUUAAUAAAUAAAGCAUGUAAAAAAAGUAUUUGUAAUCAACUAUUAAAUACAUUAUCUAUGCCAUCAAAAAAUAAUAGUUCAGAGACAAAAUAUUUUAGUGAAGAAUUAAGUAAAGCCAUUAAUUCUUAUCAUAACAUUUAUUGUAUAGAUGAUAUAUUUAAUUUUUUUAAAAAUGCAGGAGAAAAUUUUUUAAAUGAAAAAUUAAAAUUUAAGUCUGAAAAUGGAACAAAUUAUCAUGAUUUGUGUUUACAAAAUAUACAAUCAAGAUCAAGAAUGAUUAUGAUAUAUUUUUUUAAUACAUUAAUUUGUCAAAAAAAAUAUGCACAAUAUAAUAUGUAUAAUGAAUUCUUAAUAACAUUAGCUACUGGAAAUUUAGAUGAAUCUAUAUUGGGAUAUUUUACAAAAUAUGAUUGUUCAUCUGGUGAUAUUGAUAUUAUUGGAAAUGUCAGUAAAAUUUUAAUAAAAGAAACUAUGUGCUACAUAGCUAAUAAUCCUAUUUUUGAUCUUCAAAUUUUAAAUAAAAUAAAUUCAUAUUCACCAAGUGCAGAAUUAAAACCUUUAGAUAAUAAACAAAUUGAUGAAAAUGAAUUAAACUUAAAAUUUGUUGAAAUAAAAUUAUUAACAAUUUUAAAAAAUAAAUUUUCUUUAGGCCCAUCUUCUAUGUAUUAUUAUCUUUCUCAAUAUUUUUGGCCAAAUAUGUCUAAAUCCGAUAUAUUUGAUAAAAUUCAAAUAUUUUUUACAAAAGUAUAUAAAAAUAUUCACAAACUUUUUAUCCUUCCACCUUCCUUACAAAAUGAAUCAUGUGCUAUUAAUAUGAACAACUUCUCAAACUUUGCCACAAUCGAUUUCGAUCAAAUGAGACAACGAUAUGGAAUCCCCAUGGACAAUAAAAUGGGUGACAAAAACCAGACCAAAUAA